AUGAACUUUCAACCAUCCAAAAUGAACUUUCAACCAUCCAAAAACUUUAUUCAAAAACUAAAACACAAAUCCCAAGUCUUCCUACAACACUUUUUGUCACCACCUCCGUCUCAGGCCUGCCAAGAACCUACCCUCCUCCGCUCCAUACGAUUUGUGACGGUUUUAACUGGACGGGUCAGCGACACCACGCUUCCAAAUGGAAUUUAUACGGCGGCAUUCUCAAUCUCGGAUUGCUUGCGAUUUUUCGGGCAGUCGGGCACUAGCGGUUUUAACCGGGCCGGUCAAACGAACCCAUAUUACAGGCGGAAGUCGCCUGCAAAUUUAUUACGGAUAGGGCUUGACGCAGUAAAAUUCACUAUGGACAUUGGGAAGUACCGGAAGCAAUAUGGGCCAACGUUGGUUUUCAUGGAAGAAAAGUGGUCAGGGGAACUUGCAGUGUGUCAGAUGAAUAGAAUUGAUUUAGAUGAUUCUGCAUAA